AUGGAUUAUGGUGGUUAUACAAAAGAUUUGAGUGCUAUACACCAAGAUCUUUCUUCGAUAUUCAUUCUUGAUAAUUCUCCUGGAGCCUACAGGAAAUUUCCUCAAAAUGCCAUUCCUAUUCCAUCGUGGUUUUCGGAUCCAUCAGACACGUGUUUAUUGAAUUUAUUACCAUUUCUCGAUGCUUUGCGGUUCACAUCGGAUGUGCGAAGCAUUUUGAGUCGAAAUCAACAAAGUUUCAAUCAGGUGUGGUAG